ACUCACACAGCCAAGCCCAAAGCACCCAGCCGAACUCUGGAAAGGAAGCACACCUCCCCAGCUUUCACGCAGACCAGAGCCUGCCAGCCACGCACCAAGCAAAGUACCAUCUCCGCCUUCUUCAGCGCUCGGGCAGGUGAAAAAGACAAAGAAAACAGCAAGCCGUCUCCUUUCAUCCUGACUAGAGACUGUACAGAAAGAGGUGUUUCCUUGGCUGCCUCCCCUGUGAAGAUCUUGGCUUUGCCGCAGACGAGGAAAGCGCAGAAAGAGUCCCUCAGAGCGGAGACGGCGCAGGCUACGGCCCAGCGCCCUGCGCAGAAAGCACCGGCCUCGCCGACCCCUUCGCCGGACCCGUCGGUGGUACAAGCGGAGUCCCACAGCAAGAGUGAGGCUUCCUGUGGGGCGGGAGAGGAUUGCUGCUUCUUCACCCAGGAUUCGGAGGGCAACUGGAUCAUCGCUCACAGAAACGAGUCCGACGCGUUUGCCAGAGAAACGGUUUCAGCCAGCGGCAGUAGACCAGGCAGAGCACAGCCCCUGAGGGAGUGCAGCCAGAAUGCUGCUGCCGCCGAGGAGGGCAGGGGCUGCAGGUCGGGACUGAGCAGUCCCUGCAGGCACCUCUUCACCCAGGAUUCCCAGGGGAACCGUGUGAUCGCUCACCGCUACCAGGGCGUCCCAUCUCCUCGCAGGGAGCUGCCCGACUCGCCCCACAAGGGCUGUGCCAGCGGUGCUGCCAACAGCUUGAGCAAACGGGGGGAGCCGUGGGUCGACGUGGGCUAUGAGUCACUCUUCACGCAGGAUUCGGAGGGGAACAGAGUGAUUAAACAUGGAUACAUGACCUUGAGUGGGUCACCCAGUGACCUUGAGUGGGUCACCCCGUGA